AUGUGGAUCGAGCCGGAGGAGGUGCUUCUUGCCGGAGCUCUGUGGAUGUCAGAGCGGGCCAAUCCGUUCUUCAUCCUGCAGAGGAGGAGGGGGCACGGCCGCGGAGGGGGGCUGUCCGGUCUUCUUGUGGGGACUCUAGAUGUGGUUCUGGACUCGAGUGCCAGGGUGGCCCCCUACAGAAUCCUGUUGCAGACUGCAGACUCUCAGAUCUACUGGAACAUUGCUUGUGGGUCAUCCCGCAAGGAGAUUACGGAGCAUUGGGAUUGGCUGGAAUCCAAUCUGCUGCAGACAAUCUCCAUAUUUGAUAAUGAUGAAGAUGUCAUCACCUUCGUCAAAGGAAAAAUCUCUGGCAUAAUUGCGGAAGAGAACCGGCUGAAGCAGAGUGAUGACCAGGAGGAGGACAGCGGGAAGUUUCGAGAGGCAGAGCUAAAGAUGAGGAAGCUCUUUGGGAUGCCUGAGGAGGAGAAGCUGGUGAACUAUUACUCGUGCAGUUACUGGAAGGGUCGAGUGCCACGGCAGGGCUGGCUCUACCUGUCCAUCAACCAUCUGUGCUUCUACUCCUUCCUGCUGGGAAAAGAAGUGACUCUGGUGGUGCCAUGGACCGAGGUGACCCAGCUGGAGAAGAAUGCUACCCUGGUAUUUCCAGAGAGUGUGCGUGUGAGCACCCGGAACGCAGAACAUUUCUUCUCCAUGUUCUUGAACAUCAAUGACACCUUCAAGCUCAUGGAGCAGCUCGCUAACAUCGCCAUGCGACAGCUGCUCGACAAUGAGGGAUUCGCUGCUGACCGAUCGCUGCCCAAACCCUGCAAGACACUGAAAAACGUCUCUGCUCUAAAGAGGGACUUUGAUGCCCGAGCUAAGAACGAGCGGUACCGCUCCAUGUUCCGGCUUACACAGGACGAGCGGCUGGACGGACACACAGACUGCACGCUGUGGACGCCGUUCGCCAAAAUGCAUGUGGUGGGACAGCUCUUCAUCUCUAACAGCUACGUCUGCUUCAGCAGCAGAGAAGAAGACCUGUGUCAGCUAAUUAUCCCACUCAGAGAGGUGACCAUUGUGGAGAAGGCGGACAGCAGUAGUGUCUUACCGUGUCCCGUCUCAAUCAGCACCAAGAAUAAGAUGAAUUUUCUCUUCGCCAACCUCAAAGACCGAGACUUCCUGGUGCAGCGAAUCUCAGACUUCCUGCAGCGAACACCUGACAGCUCAUGGGGGGACACUGGCCCGCUGUCUCUGAUUGGUUCCUCGGGGUCCUCCAGCGUCCUCCUGUCCUCUUCAACAGGAUCUGACUCCGUCCACAAGGGGCGCCAUUACCACCCUGGUCUGCCUACUGCAAAACAGAGUCUGCUGCAGCUAUACCAUCGAGAUGGUCCAGAGGACCUUGGUCCCAAAGCUAUGAAGGAGAGGAUGAAGGAGGAGGCCUGGAACAUCCAUUUUUCAGAGUUUGGUCGAGGUGUCUGUAUGUACAGAACCUCCAGAACCAGAGAACUUGUCCUCAAUGGGAUCCCAGAAAGCCUGAGGGGGGAGCUGUGGUUGCUGUUCUCUGGAGCUCAGAAUGAAAUGGCAUCCCACCCUGGUUACUACAGCGACCUGGUGGAACAGGCCAUGGGGCUGUGCUCAUUGGCUACUGAAGAGAUCGAACGAGACCUUCAUCGCUCGAUGCCUGAACACAGAGCCUUCCAGAAUGAGAUGGGUAUUGCUGCGCUGCGCCGGGUACUCACAGCCUACGCCCACCGGAACCCAAACAUUGGUUACUGCCAGGCCAUGAACAUCGUCACCUCUGUCCUGCUGCUCUACAGCACCGAGGAAGAAGCCUUCUGGCUGUUGGUGGCGCUGUGCGAGCGCAUGCUGCCCGACUACUACAACACUCGGGUCGUAGGAGCUCUGGUCGAUCAAGGAGUGUUUGAAGAUCUGACGCAAGCCUUCCUGCCUCAGCUCUAUGAACACAUGCAGGACCUGGGAGUGAUCACCACCAUCAGCCUGUCCUGGUUCCUCACCCUGUUCCUGUCUGUGAUGCCAUUUGACAGCGCUGUCCUGUUGGUCGACUGCUUCUUCUAUGAAGGGAUCAAGGUCAUUUUCCAGGUUGCGCUGGCUGUCCUUCAUGACAACAUGGAUGCUCUACUGGCCUGCAGUGAUGAGGGGGAGGCUAUGACCAUCCUGGGCAGGUACCUGGAUAACGUUGUGAACAAACAGACCGUGGCUCCGCCCAUCCCUCACCUUCACGCCCUGCUGACCAGUGGAGAUGACCCUCCCCCAGAAAUUGAUGUCUUUGACCUCAUCAAGGCAUCCUAUGAGAAGUUUGGCAGCCUGCGGUCUGAUGUCAUUGAGCAGAUGAGGUUCAAGCAGAGGUUAAAGGUCAUCCAGUCUUUGGAGGACACAGCACAGAGGAGUGUGGUGAGGGCGAUGAUGACAGAGUCUGAAUUCAGCAUCGAGGAGUUGGAGGAGCUUUACUGUCUCUUUAAGUCCAAACAUAUGACCAGCUGUUACUGGGGGUCCAGCAGCUCAGCAGCGGAGCGCCACGAUCCUAGCCUGCCAUACCUGGAGCAGUACCGGAUCGACCCAAUCCAGUUCUCUCAGCUCUUCUCUGCCCUCUCGCCCUGGGUCUGUGGAAGCCACACUGCUAUGCUAUCGGCCCGUCUCUUCAGGCUCCUGGACCAGAACCAGGAUGGGCUGGUCAACUUUAAAGAGUUUAGCACUGGCCUCAGUGGGAUGUAUCACGGAGACAUGAUGGAGAAACUGAAGCUUCUCUACAAGCUCCACCUCCCUCCAGCUCUGUGUGCUGAGGAGGCGGAGUCUGCUUUGGAGGCCACUCACUUCUUUACCGAGGACCAACAACCAGAAUCUUCCUUCCUGUCUGAUCUGGACUCUGUGCGGAGGCAGGAAUUGGCAUCAGGUGAGGAACCAAAGGCUGGAGAAGAAGAAGAGGAAAAGAAAGAGGUGAAGGACUACAGGUAUUACUUGAGGAUGUGGGCUAAAGAGAAGGAGCCCAAGAGAGAAACCAUCAAAGACUUGCCCAGGAUGAACCAGGAACAAUUUAUUGAGCUGUGCAAGACCCUGUACAACAUGUUCAGCGAGGAGCCAUCCGAGCAGGAGCUCUACCACGCCAUCGCCACUGUUGCCAGCCUGCUUUUGCGGAUAGGAGAGGUCGGCAAGAAGUUUGGCAACGGGGCCAAAAAGUGUGAGGCUCAGGCCCCGCCUCCUGCCCAGCAGGUGGAAGAGGGGCCCGGCGAAGGAACUUCGGCUGAGGCUCAGAUCUGCCGUGCUCUGGCCGAUGCCCAGCUGGAGCUGCCGGCACCGCAGACGUCCGACGAGGAAACGAAAGACGACACAUCUGUGUCGUCGUACUCGAUGGUGAGCUCCGGUUCUCUGCAGUGCGAGGACAUCGCUGAUGACACCGUGCUGGUAAGCGGAGAGCACAGGCGGGGCAGCACGCUGGAUGCGGAUUGGUCAAUUACUUUCGAGCAAGUGCUGGCCUCACUAUUGACGGAGCCAGCCCUUGUUGAGUAUUUCGAGAGGAAGACGGACAUCCAGGUCAAAAUAGCCGCUUGUAAGGCUCAGCGUGCUGUGGAGCGUCAGAUAAGCUCUGCGUCAGACCAUGAACUCAACCAGCAUAUCUCCUGACUCACCUGAGCACCUUACUGACCUGAGCAUCUAAUUUCCUGAUAACCUGUCUGACCACUUUACCGAUCACAUCACUACUCAAUCACCUGACCCCUUGAUUGGUCACCUGAUCCCUUGAUUGGUCACCUGGCCCAGUGAUUGGUCUCCUGGCCCCCCCCGAGCGGCCAUCUGGGCCCCCGAUUGGUCACCUGAUCAGUCACGGCCUCCAUUCGACUCUAAGAAUCACCCACAAUGAUAGUGACCUGGAGUUAUCAGUCAUUUUACAAGGAAGUCACUGACAGACCUAUGAUAUCAUCAUCAUCAUGUGAUUCCUAUGUGUGUCAUAGUAAAAGCUUUUAUGGAAGGGGAUUGUGGGGCUUUUAUUGUGAAAGAAAAGCAGAAAGUGUUGGUCGUUGAUCUCUUAUUGGUUACUGAAUCUGCUACAGAACCAAAACACACAGGCAUGUAAAAACCCUGUAGUGAAUAUUUCAUAGAGGCGAUAUCACAGCAAGAUGAUUUUAAGAAAAUAAUGACUGAAGGAAAGCAAAUAAGUUCAGUGUUUGUAUUUUUUUCAUACUCUUAUGCCUUAGCUUUGUUCUUUUUGUUUCCAGUGUACCUCCUGUCCAUAGUGACUUCACAGUAUUUUUUUUUUAUCUGUUUAUCUGCCUGCUUUUAAAUCUGUUGUAUUGAUUGGUUAUUGAUCUGUUCUAAUAAACCUAAAAGGACCAUCCUU